AUGGCGGAAGCCGGAGAGAGGAAGAUGGACGGAGACAUCGUGCGCUGGGCGCUGGAAUUCGUGAUCCGGAAAAGCACCGACAGCAGUCUAGUGAAGAAACUCAUCGCAAACGUCGGUCUCCCUUUCCCCGCCGACGAUUCGCGCUUUAAGAAGACGGUGAUACUUCGCUCGUUGCAAGACGAGAUAGGUAAGGGUUCCGUCUCCGAAGACAUGCUUGAAUGGUUUGAGAUUCUAGAGGAAUUGGAUAGGAGAGAUGGAAUUGCGGUUUCGGAAUCGAUGAAACUCGCUUACUGUGCUGUGGCAGUGGAGUGUACUGUUAAGCAGAAGUUCCUGGAAGCAGUGGAUAGGAUUUGGAAGGUUAGGUUUGGGGGAUUGGAAGGGAAGAGUGAGCUGGUUACUGGGGAGGUGUUGAAGGUUCGCGGUUAUAUGGAGAAGGUGCUGAUUGAUCUGGAUUCUUGUUUGGCUGUGAUGAAGUGGAGGGACACGCAUGAAGCCUUGAAAUUGGUUGGGGAGUAUUUGAAGGAGGCCAUGGAGGCUAUGGGGCCUUCGUUUCUUGAGCUUGUGGCGAGGAAACAGUUGGGGAUCGAAUGGGGCGAGAAUCGUCGUAGUUCUGAUGGAGAAGAGCGUCUUUGUGAAGAUGGUGGGGAUGGGGGAAGGCAAAAGAGUGAAGAAAUUCUGAAGAGGAAGGAUGGGAGUUCUGGUGAAACAGGUGAUGGUUCUAAGGGUCGGGUUGAUGGUACAGGGAAUGAUGAAGAAGAAGAAGAAGAGCAACUUUGUGAGAAUGUUGGAGAUGGGGCUAAAGGGUCUCACGAUGAAGAUAUUCUGAAGAGGAAUGAUGUGGACUCUGGUAAGACAGGAGAGGUUUCUAAUGGAGAAGAACAUAUUUUUGAGGAUCUUGGAGGGGGUGAAGAUAUGUCGAAAAGGAAGGACGGGGGUUCUGAUAAGGCAGGAGAGUGUUCCAAAGGUGGGUUUGAUGGCAAAGGGAAUGAAGAAGAGCAUGUAUCUGAGAAUGCUGGAGAUGGGUCCAAGAGAGCACAUGGUGAAGAUGGUGGAAAUGAGCCAGAGGGUGAAGAUAUCCUGAAGAGGAAGAAGAGGAAGGACAGAGAUUCUGAGAAGAUAGGAGAAGAAAAUGGCAUGAAGGGGAAGAAGAGGAAGGGUGCAGCUGUUAAACCAAUGCAUCAUCUCCCUCGCCGCAGUGCACCUGCGAAGAUUGCUGAUAUGGAUGUGGAAGAAGCUGCAAUUGACGACCAGUCUAUUCUAGGCAAGCAUCUAGCAAAAGAGGUCGUUGAUGCACAACCAAAUCAGCCGGAAACUUGUUUGGAACCCGGCUCGGGAACUGCAACUGCAAAUCAAGAGCCUGUGGAGGUGGAAACCCAAACUGGAAAACAUAAUACGAAUCCAGAACCAGGAACAAGCACCACAAACGAUGUUGCUGAUGUGCCACGACCUACAACGGCUAGGAAACUGCCUCCCGGCUCCCCACCAAAGAAGCCUAUCGACCCCAGCCUGCUUCAGAGGAGGAAGAAGAGGAAGUGGACAGUGGAGGAAGAGACUGCUCUGUACAAUGGAGUGCAGCAGUUUGGCGUCGGCUCCUGGAAGGAGAUUCUCAGUUCUCGGCGCCAGAGCUUCAACAAUAGGACCGAGGUUGAUCUCAAAGACAAGUGGAGGAACAUGACGAGAUGGAAGAUUGAACGUUGA